AUGAGCUCGCUCUGCCCUUUCGCGGGAGCCACCACUGGUGGCGGCGUAUGCCCUGUGAAAUCUGAUAAGAGCAACGCUGGGGUGUGCCCUGCAAAAUCUGACAAGAGCAUCAGUGGUGUAUGCCCUGUUACUGGCAAGGAUCAUGGUAGCGAGCUCAAGGAAAGCAGUGAUCAUGGUGAGGAAAAGGAUACUGAUCCUCGUAUGGUGCCAGCAAAAUGCCCAUUUGGCUAUGACUCCAACACAUUCAAGCUGGGUCCGCUCAGCUGCAUUGUCUGCCAGGCGCUGCUCCAUGAGAGUAGCAAAUGCAAGCCAUGUGCCCAUAAAUUCUGCAAGGCAUGUAUAUCACGCUUUAAAGACUGCCCACUAUGUGGUGCUGAUAUAGAGGGUAUUGAGCCUGAUGCCGAGCUUCAAGCUCUUGUUGACCGCUUCAUUGAUGGCCAUGCCAGAAUCAAGCGAUCACAUGCUACAGGGGAUGUAGAAGCAGCAGGUGGCAAGAAUAAAGUCAUAUAUGAGGAUGUCUCCAUGGAGAGAGGAGCUUUUCUGGUGCAGCAAGCUAUGAGGCUGGUUCAUACUCUCUCUGUUUCGCUAAAUAAAAUUGGUGACCUUCGGUACUAUGAUGGCGAUCUCCAAUCUGCAAGAAACUACUAUGCCCGUUCAUUGGAUGUUCGCAGAAAUGCAGUAAAAGAACACUCUGCAGUGGCUUCUCAGGUCAUUGAUCUAGCAACAUCUCUUGCCAAAGUCGCGGAUGUGGAUAGAAAUCUUGGGAAUGAAAGCGCCGCAGUUGAGGGCUUUGAGGAAGCAAUUCAAUGCCUUGAGAAGUUGAAGCUGGAUUCUGAACAAGCUAGCCUUGAACGACGGCGCCUCUCGGUUCUUGACUUCUUACACAACCAACUGGCAGAUAAAUAA